CAUGGUCCGCCAGCUGGAGAUAACUGGCAGCGCGGCCGUCGUGGCGCACCCGUCGCUGCUCGCCACGGUGCGCGCCGCCGCCGCCCGGGUGCCCAGUGUGCGCGAGGUGAUCUGCACGGGCGCGGACGCGCCGCCGGACGGCGUGCUGGCGUUCUCUGAGCUGGCGCGGGCGGGGCGCGAGCAGACGCCGGUGGUGGACGUGGACCUGGCCCGGCACCCACUGCUGCUGCUCUUCUCCAGUGGCACCACCGGCCCGCCCAAGGGCGUGACGCUAACCAACUACUCGGUCGGCUCCAACAUGCUGCAGACCGCCUCCGCAGACUUCUCCUGGGAAACACCCGGGGAGGACGUCUACAUCGGCGUGCUGCCAAUCUUCCAUCUGUUCGGUAUGUACAUCAGCGCGCUGAAGGGACCGUACCUGGGCACCUCGUCUGUGCUACUCUCGCACUUCGAACCGCAACUCUUCCUGGACGCCAUAAAGAAACACCAGCCCAGCCACCUUCACCUGGUGCCGCCUCUGGUCACGUUCCUCACAAACAGCCCAGACGUGGACACAACCACCCUCCAGUCGGUCAAGGUCGUCGUCUGCGCCGCGGCUCCGCUGGGGAAACAGCUUCAGAAACGGUUCUGCCAGAAAACAGACGGCAAAUUUAAUUUCAUUGAAGGGUUCGGGAUGACGGAGACCUCGCCGGUCGUCACGUUCGGGUCGCGCACCAAGCGCGGCGACUACCCAGGCACGUGCGGAGUGCUGGUGCACAACACCGAGGCCAAGAUGAUAUCUGUGGAGGACGGCAGGGAGCUGGAGCAGGGCGAGAUUGGCGAGAUCUGCGUCCGCGGGCCGCAGGUAAUGGCCGGUUACUACCGGAACCCUGAGGCGACGGCGGCGACCAUCGACUCGGACGGCUGGCUGCACACCGGCGACGUCGGCUACUGCAACGACGACGGCUUCUUCUUCAUCGUCGACCGCGUCAAGGAGCUCAUCAAGUACAAGGGGUUCCAGGUGGCUCCGGCCAGCCUGGAGGACCUGCUGCGCAAGCACGCGGGUGUCGCUGACGCUGCCGUGAUCGGCGUGCCGGACGAGGAGGCCGGUGAGCUGCCGCGCGCCUACGUGGUCACCUCCGACCCGGCCAUCACCGAGCAGCAGCUGGCCGACUUCGUCAACAGACGCGUCAACCCAUUCAGCCGGCUCCGCGGCGGCGUCCGCAUCGUGGACGCCAUCCCCAAAAGCGCCACCGGCAAGACGCUGCGCCGCCAGCUGCGGCAGGCCGCCGAGCGGGAGCUGGCCGCGCAGCGCGGCGCUGCCGGCCCGCGGAGCGUGCCCUGAGGCGCCGCCGACCCGCAGAGCGUCCCCUGAGGAGGCGCCACCAGCCCGCGGAGCGUCCCCUGAGGAGGCGCCGCCGGCCCGCGGAGCGUCCCGAAUGAGGUGGCGCCGCCGGCCCGCAGACCAGUGGGAACCUUGGGAACCGAGCAGUGUCGAUUGAGGGAAUAAGCACUCAUGUUGUAACUGCUCUUGCAUUUUUAUUUUUGUUUUGACUUUAAUUAAGUAAUCGUGAAAUGUAAAAAGGCAACCGAAGAUGCCAAAUUUGUACAAAGCCGAUCAAAAGUAUUUCAAAGCCUGGCAUGUGCCAAUGUGUUCAGGUGCGCUCUAUGCAAGACAAUUGAUGAUCACAAGUGCAUCAUUUAACGGGUGAAGGAUAGCCGUAAAGUUUAGGUGACACUGCCCAAUGUCCAGGCUACAGUUGUCCGAUACCUACCAGGGUAAUCAAUGCCGCCAAUGGCCGUCGGUAUGCAACAUGUUAGUUAUGCAUUUAAAUGCUAUAAGUAUGCUAGGCAGUCUUGUUGUCAGAUGUAGUGUGUUUCUUGCCUCUGCCGUGAGACAGCCCGCUGAGUGUCUCUUAGUGUCUCUGUGUGUCUCUGAGUGUCUCUGUGUGUCUCUGAGUGCGAAUAGGGGCGCGACCGGGUGUCUCCGCCGUCUGCGAGACGCCGCGCCGCUCUGAGAGCCCUGUCAGUCUCUGUGUGUUCACCUGGUGUAGCUGUCAGUCUCCGUGUGUUCACCUGGUGUAGCUGUCAGUCUCCGUGUGUUCACCUGGACCUGGUGUAGCUGUCAGUCUCCGUGUGUUCACCUGGUGUAGCUGUCAGUCUCCGUGUGUUCACCUGGUGUAGCUGUCAGUCUCCGUGUGUUCACCUGGUGUAGCUGUCAGUCUCCGUGUGUUCACCUGGUGUAGCUGUCAGUCUCCGUGUGUUCACCUGGUGUAGCUGUCAGUCUCCGUGUGUUCACCUGGUGUAGCUGUCAGUCUCCGUGUGUUCACCUGGUGUAGCACUCGGCAGUGACCAAGCAGUGACAGCCAGGAGAAGCGGGCGCUCCCUUUAUAUUCUAAUCACGCAUUUUGCAUCCUUUGUAAGUAUGGCUUGUACCUAACCUGACAGAGACGAUCUGACCGAUUGCCGAUGCGGCUGCCUACAUGUCGCCGUAAUAAAAUCAUGGAUUAUGCAAUA